AUGGGAAAGUCAAAGAAACCUCGAGUUAAAGGAAAUGUUCAACCAGCAAGUAGCAGUCGAGCUGCAGAAAUUAUUGCAACGAGUGGUCAGUCACCAAUUGGAAACCUAGGAGGUUUCGCACAGUUCUUGGGUGGGAAAGCAUUUUCAAGCGCAGCAAAUGAUCGUAUUUUUCCAGACAGUGCUAUUAGUAGUGGAACUAUAGAACCUGAGCUGGUUCUUAUAUUUAAAAGGUUAUCUAAACGUGAUCCUACUACUAAAUUAAAGGCAUUAGAAGAAUUUGAGGAAUAUCUAAAAAAUGAAGGAAGGGAUGCGGAUGAAUUAGUAGGAAUUAUGGAUGUAUGGAUUGCACCUUACCUUAAAGAAAUUAUUGCUGUUUGGAUAAUUUCUUUAUUUGAUCAAAGUAAAGAUGUUGCUAAGAUAGCCAAUGAUGCUUUUCAGGAGGCUUUUCCAUCCGAUAAACGAGUUGGGGUGUUGAUGUUUGGGCAGGAAAAAAUAUUAUCUUAUAUUACGGAAAUAAUUUUAUUCAAAACACCCGACACUUUGAGUGAUCCUCGAUUCACGUCAAAAGAAGACAUGAACUCGAAAUAUCUUAGAGUAGUUACAAGUUCAUAUUAUGCUCUCGCUCAUAUUAUAAAUCAAUUGGAAGAAAGCGCUUUGGCAAAAAAUUAUGAUAAUUUAUUCGAUAAUAGCAAAUUUUGGGGGAAUUUAUCUAAUGAUAAUUCACUCGUUCGGAAAUCUUGCUAUAAUUUAAUAAAGGUUUUGGUAAAUAAAUGGCCAUCCAAAGUUGAAGAACGAUUAGAAAUGUUUAGUGCUACUUACCUGAUGAGAGUUUUUAACGAUAAGGAUACAAGUGUUCACCAAGAUUUAUGGGAUUCUCUCCUUAUAUUUACUAGAAGAUUUCCUCAGUCGUGGUUGAUAGCUAGUAAGAAAAAACCAAUGUUACCAAAAUUAUAUAACUUUCUCCGAUCUGGUGCUUUUGGAUCAAUUAACGUUUCAUAUCCAAGUAUAUUACCAUUGAUCGUUCAUCUUCCCCAAGAGCUAAUAAAUUUUGAUAAAAAAUUCUAUGAAGUAUUUUUCUCGAAUUUUUGGAAAGGCCUAUCAAGUCCCGUAAUUGAUAGAUUUAAUUCCAGUGUAUUUCUAGAAUCAUAUAGUGAAUGCUUAGUGUACUAUAUAAUUAAAUUAGAAAAAAAUGAUUACGAGAGGGAUAAACAUAUUUAUCUUGUUGAAAAAGUAUUUUUUGGAUUAAUUGAAAAUUAUUUGCUGGAAUUUGAGUCUAAUGCCAAAUUUCAGUCCGAGCAGAUGUGUUCUAUUAUAUCAACAAAUAUCUCUUCAUUAUUUUCUAAGUUAAAAGAUACAGAACCUUUAAAAAUUAUAUUUAAAAAGCUUGAAGAUCUCUGUGAACGCGUUAUAACCCAUGGAUCUGUUCCUAAUCCUGGUCCUAAUGCCGAGAAUGAUUACAUAGAAUUCUCCCAAAGAUUAUCGCAUUUUCUUAGUUCAUUGAUGAUAACCCCGGAGAUUCGACAAAAAGAUUGUGAACUUUUCACUAUGUUUGAAACACUCAUAGUUCACAUUUUCUGUUUGAUAAUAGAUAAAUGUAAAGAAAAUAAUGGUUGUUCUUUAGGUUUAGAUCUUUUAUUAUUAAAUUUUACAAAGAAUAUUUCCGACAUUAUUUUUAAGAACUCAACCACAAAACAGUCGUUAGACAAAUUUAUCACAACCACAUUUAAUGAUCUUAUUGCAACUUGUCCAAUAAGUGCACAAGAUUACUUAUUUGAAUCCUAUUCGAUAUAUUUACUUUACGCACAAAAUCCACAAGCUAAUGAAAGUUGGCAUAAUUUCAUGCAAAUUUUAUUGGGAUUCAAUGAUUUAGAGAAAAAACUUGAAUGCAUUCGUCUUUCAAUAAUUAAAGUUUCUGAACCUAAGCUCUUGGGCCCAUUAAUCGACGAUCAAUUUGAUGAAUUUUUGAUUUUUAUUACCAAUGAAUUAUUUAGCGAUAAAAUUGAUGCAAAUGUUAGAAAAUUGGUUGAAGAUGUUUUGGAACUCACGUUUUUAUCCGACGUUUCCUUAUUGUCUCAAAAGACCAAGUUAGAAAUUCUGGGUCAUUUUUCUAGAGAAAUAGAUACUUUUGCACAUUCUUACUAUACUGUCACUGGAAAUACCGUAAUUUCUUACGAUAGUGUGACUUCAGUAUUACGAAUUUUCACCAAAUUAUGCGGAGAUGCCCAAUUCAUGAAAAUAUUAUUGGAAUCAGAUUUAUUGUUAAUUUCUUGGGCAAUCUUUGAGCUUACUUUCGUGAAAGCUUAUGAAAGUUCUGAUUCGGAAAUUAUUAAAGAUAUUGGAUCAUUAGUUCAAGAUAUCUGGAAUCAAAUUUCAAAUUCUUGUCGAUCUAAUCAUAAAGAAGAUGUAGUAUUUCAUCAUAUCUCUCAACAGAUCAGAGAAUCUCUUUUGAAUAUACAAUAUGCUGUUAGUCCUACAGACUUCGCACAACGAGUUAUGAAAUUAUGCACAAGUCUUUAUCAAGCUGAACGUGCAACAUCACGUGAAGUCAUUGCAUCUUUCCUCCUUAGUGAAAAAGAAUGGCGUCAGCUUAGCGAGCCUUUGUUAGCCUCUCCUAUUGAUUCAUCCCUUAGUAUUGUUGAUUCAAUGAUACCUAUUAUUUACAAUGGCGAUAUACAUGCUAAAAACCAUUUUGAAACGCAAUCUACGCAACCUGUCGCUUAUGAUAUAUAUGGAUUAAGUGCUUAUGCACGGUUAGGAAUUUUUGCGAUAGAAUUAAUCAAUAAGAUUGGUGUUUCGAUGUUCUUUGAUAUUAGUGAUUCCAAGGAUGUGUCAUUCGAUGAGAAACUUUCGACUCAUUGGGUGCUUUCAGAAUUAUUAUUGUUGCAAGUUAUGUGUAAUGAUAUUCAUCAUUCACGUAAGAGAAGACAUCAUCUUUGGGAUGCAAUUGUAACCGAAGAGAGCGAUUACCAUGGAUUUAAAGCAUUUCUUUCAGAUUACUCUACGAUAUUAAAAAAUUACGUGAAAUUUAUGAUGCAAAGUACAUCUAUUGACUUGAAAUCACUUGCAGAAAAGAUUAAGUUCGCAAAUAGUUCUGAGCAAUGUCCAAUAAUUGAUUUAUCAAGUUUUUUUGUUUAUACUUUGAGACGUUCAAAUGGAAACUAUUCACAUUACUGGGCGAGAACUUUACAAAUUUUAUUUUCGACGAUUUUAGAAGUGUUAAAUGUAUUGGUAGUUGACGCAGAAAAAUUUCUUGAAAUAAUUCAAUUGGAACCAUCUGAUUGUAAUCUCGUCAUUAAAAUGGCUUUGAUUUCGUCAUUAAGACCAUUCCUCGAAUCUUCCAAAAAGUUCAAAACUUUUCAGAAUGAUUUGCUUAGUAAGUUGUGCGAGUUAAGCGCAACUGACAUUUGUAACACGGACGAUUCAUCUUCCAAUAAAGGGCUGGAAUAUUUAAGUCUUUUGACAACUACAACAAAGAGGGAUGAUGAAUAUUUCCUGACUCCAAGACGUUCCAUAGAUUUAGUGAAUUGUAUAAUCAAAUGGCACGAGGAUACAGAUUCUAAAUUAUUAUUUGAUCCUGAAUAUACCCAUAUCCAAAUUCAUAUUUCACGUCUUUUUAUUUCCAUUACUUCGUCAAUACACGAUUCUCAAGGAACGCAUUGGAACUUUAUUUUUCAAUGUCUUCAGAAUUGGUUUGAAAAAAUUCGUAAUCUAGAACUUCGGUAUGAAGCUAUAUAUUUAUUUUGUCGCUUGAUUUCUUUUAAUAUUCAGUAUGAAAAUAAACCCAACAAGAUCGAGUCUGAUGAUACAUCAAAUGAAAGUUUAUGCAAAUACUUCUCGGAGUUUAAAACGAUAUUAUAUGAGAAAUUAUCUCAUUUAUUAUUCCAAGAAAAGGAGCAGUAUAAUAAAUAUUUAGACAUUUUAUGUGAAGCAUGUCAAGAUUUAUCUAAAUCGCUUUUAAUUAACGAAAGGAACGAGACAAUGAGAUUGUCUGAAGAAUUGGAAUUAACGGCGGGGAAUUCAGAUGAAAUAAAUGUACAAUUCGAUAAAGGAUUGAUAUCUUUAAUUAUGCAAACCCAGAAAAGUGAUUAUUUGAAUGAUAUUUAUUCCGCAAAUACAGAUAUUUUUAUUGCGCAUAAGGUAUUCGGAUAUUUGCUUGGUUGGAUGCUUGUUCUUGAUCACUUUGAAUUUGCGUCAUUUAAGGUCAAGUCACAACUUGUAUCAUGUCUUAAAGAAUCAAAUAUAACAUCGAACCUUUUUACGUAUAUAUUCGAUACGUUAGGAUUGUCUCGAUCUAAUAAGCCAUACGAUUUAUUAUAUUGGAGUAUAUCUGAAUUUCAUAUUGAAGGGUUUGAAGUUCAGCAUAGCUUUGAUUUGGGAAUUCCUUUGCUUUGCGCACAUUUGUAUUAUCGUUCAUUAAAGCAUAUACCAUCAAUUGUUAGGAUAUGGUGGUCAGAAUGUAAAAAACGACAACUAAGUAUUGCUGUUGAUAGUUAUACUGAAAAAUAUUUCAGUCCAGUUAUAAUCCAAAAUCAACUUGAGAUGCUUCAAAGUGAAGAUGUCAAGUCGCAAUUAGAGGAUGACAAGUUCUCGAUUAGGAUCGCUCGUAGUUCUAAUGAAGUAAUUGCCUCAUUUAUGGUAGACGAAUACGUGAUGGAACUUAGUAUUAGAAUGCCAAAUAAUUUCCCAUUACGUCAAGCUGAAUUUAGUACCUUGGAAAGAAUGGGUACAAGAGAAGUUGCAGACCUUAAAUGGGCAAAAUUGCCUGUUCAAACUGUUGUAAAUUCACAGAAUGGUAAUUUGGAGGUUGCGUUGAACUUAUUUAAAAAUAAUAUAAACCUUCGGUUCCGAGGAAUUGAAGAUUGUCCAAUUUGUUAUUCUGUUGUAAGUCUUGAUGAUAGGUCUCUGCCAACUAAACAAUGUAGCACUUGUAAGAAUAAGUUUCAUGCUGCUUGUCUUUACAAGUGGUUCCGUAGUUCAAAUUCAACAAGUUGUCCUUUAUGUAGAAGACUAUUUUAA